AUGCCUUACUCUUUGUCUGAAUCUCACAAGCAAAUGGUGGAGGGCCGUUUGGCUGACACCGACCCAGAGGUUGAUGCUAUUAUCAAAGCUGAAGUUGACAGACAAAAGCAUUCGAUUGUGUUGAUUGCCAGUGAAAAUUUCACCACCAAGGCUGUUUUCGAUGCUUUGGGAACUCCAAUGUGUAACAAAUAUUCCGAGGGUUACCCAGGUGCUAGAUACUACGGUGGUAAUGAACAAAUUGACAAGAUGGAACUUUUGUGCCAGGAAAGGGCCUUGGAGGCUUUCCACGUUACUCCUGAUAAAUGGGGUGUCAACGUCCAAACAUUGUCUGGUUCUCCUGCUAACUUGCAAGUCUACCAGGCCAUCAUGAAGCCUCAUGAAAGAUUGAUGGGUUUGGACUUGCCUCAUGGUGGUCACUUGUCUCACGGUUACCAAACUGACUCUAGAAAGAUUUCGGCCGUUUCCACCUACUUCGAAACUAUGCCCUACAGAGUUAAUUUGGAAACUGGCUUGAUUGACUAUGAUAUGUUGGAAAAGACCGCUGUGUUGUACAGACCAAAGGUCUUGGUUGCCGGUACUUCUGCUUACUGUCGUUUGAUUGACUACAAGAGAAUGCGCGAGAUUGCAGACAAAGUUGGUGCCUACUUGGUCGUAGACAUGGCCCACAUUUCUGGUUUGGUUGCUGCAGGUGUCAUUCCUUCUCCAUUCGAAUAUGCUGACAUUGUCACUACCACCACUCACAAAUCUUUGAGAGGACCAAGAGGUGCCAUGAUCUUCUUCAGAAGAGGUGUCAGAUCCAUUAACCCAAAGACUGGUCAAGAAAUUUUGUAUGACUUGGAGAACCCAAUCAACUUUUCUGUUUUCCCAGGCCACCAAGGUGGUCCACACAACCACACAAUUGCUGCAUUGGCUACUGCUUUGAAGCAAGCUGCUACACCUGAAUUCAAGCAAUACCAGGAGCAAGUUUUGAAGAAUGCGAAGGUUUUGGAGCAUGAAUUCCUUAAUAAGGGAUACAAUUUGGUUUCUAACGGUACUGAUUCUCACAUGGUCUUGGUUUCCUUGAGAGACAAGAACAUUGAUGGUGCCAGAGUUGAGACCAUCUGUGAAAGAAUCAACAUUGCAUUGAACAAGAACUCCAUUCCUGGUGAUAAGUCUGCUUUGGUGCCAGGUGGUGUCAGAAUUGGUGCUCCUGCUAUGACCACCAGAGGUUUGGGCGAAGAAGACUUCAAGAAAAUUGUUGGAUACAUUGAUUUUGCAGUUAACUACGCUAAGGAAAUCCAAGCAAGCCUUCCUAAGGAAGCUAACAAGUUGAAGGACUUCAAGAAGAAGGUCUUGGAAGGCGAAGAUGCCAAAUUGGACGCUGUUAAGGCCGAAAUCUCUCAAUGGGCUGGCGAAUUCCCAUUGUCUACUUAA